AAAAAAAACAACCGAAGCAGCCAUCUCCGCUGCGGCGAUGGAACUGCGGCGGGGCAUUCCCCUGCUUCUCCAGCAAUUCACCGCGCUACUGAAGAAGAACCUCCUGCUCUCAUGGCGAAACCCGCGGGCCACACUGAUCCAGCUCCUCGCCGCUUUCAUCUUCACUCUCCUCCUCUUCUGCUCCGACAAGGCAACCACCAAUUCCUCCGUCGCCGCAAACACCCCUGACGUCCAGCACCCCACGGCGGCGCCGCCGCCUCCGAUUCCUCCCUGCGACGAACGGCGCUUCUUCCUCAGAAAACCCUGCCUCGACUUCGUAUGGAGUGGAAACGAGAGCGCGAGGCUCAAUCGGAUAGCGCGGGGCAUCAUGGCGAACAAUCCCGGCCGCCGCAUCUCCGCCGCCAGGGUGAAAUCGUUCAGGACGAAGAAGGAGGUGGAUUCGUGGCUUUUCGCUAACCAAAUUCACUGCGCCGCGGCUCUCCAUCUCAGAGAAGUGAACGCGACGGUGAUAACCUACGGCCUCCAGGCGAAUUCUUCCGAUCCCAAUAGGAUGCUCGGCAGCCGCUGGAGUAAGAAUACAGCAUCCGAGUUACUGAUUGCGCUUCAGGCUUCCGCCGAGCGCGAAAUCGCUCGGUCGAUUGUCGGAGACCCUAACUUUAAAUGGACCGUCGGAAUGAAGGAAUUCGCGCAUCCAGCUGCUCAAGUUCGUCAGCCGGGGACGUCUUCUACUACCUCUGCGCCGGCAUUUUUUCUAGCGUUUACCAUGUUUGGAUUUGUUCUGCAGAUAAGCGCUUUGGUUACGGAGAAGGAGCUCAAGCUUCGUCAGGCAAUGAGCACGAUGGGGCUUUACGAUUCCGCUUACUGGCUUUCCUGGAUCGUUUGGGAAGGAAUCUUCGCUUCGAUUUCUUCACUUCUCUUGGUUCUCUUCGGGCUCAUGUUCAAGUUUGAUUUCUUCUGGAAAAACAGCUUUGCGGUUGUUUACCUCGUCUUCUUCCUCUUCCAAAUCAAUAUGGUGGGUUAUGCUUUCAUGCUGUCAAACUUCAUCAGCAAGGCAUCUUCAGCCACAACUGUAGGAUUCUCUGUAUUCAUCAUUGGAUUCAUAACACAGGUUAUGACCUCGGAUGUUUUCCCAUACGCCUCAAACAUUUCCAUCACUGUGAAGACGAUCUGGUCAUUGUUCCCACCGAACCUUCUUGCUAUAGCACUGAUGCGGCUUAGUGAUGCUACUGAGGAUCCCUCAGGUGCUGGUAUUAGCUGGAGCAGCCGAGGAAAGUGCCUCUCAGGCAUUCCUAAUUGUGAAAUGACACUUAAUGAUGUCUACAUAUGGCUGCUGGCAACAACCUUUCUCUGGUUUGCUCUGGCCAUCUACCUUGAUAACAUAAUUCCCAAUGCAUACGGCGUCAGGAAAUCGAUACUUUACUUCCUAACUCCUUCAUACUGGAUAGGGAAGGGUGGGAACCAGGUGGAAGGAGGGGUUUGCAGUUGUAUGGGCUCGGUUCCUAGACAAGAAAAUGUUACUCUAGAUGAUGAAGACGUGCUCGAAGAAGAAAACACGGUGAAGAGAGAUUUGCUUGAAGGGACAGUUGACCAAACGGUUGCAGUUCAAAUACGUGGACUUGUGAAGACUUAUGCUGGGACUAGAAAAGCUGCAGGUGGUUGCUGCAGCUGUUGCAGUUGCAAGAAGACUUUGCCUUACCAUGCUAUCAGGGGCCUGUCGAUGAAUAUUGCAAAGGACCAGUUGUUUUGUCUGCUUGGACCCAAUGGUGCAGGGAAAACCACAGCGAUCAAUUGCUUGACUGGGAUUGCACCAGCAACCAGUGGAGAUGCAUUGAUAUAUGGGCACUCCAUCAAAAGUAGUGGCGGAAUGUCCAGCAUCCGAAAGCUUAUGGGUGUGUGUCCUCAGUUUGAUAUCCUGUGGGAUGCCUUAUCUGGCGAGGAACACCUUCACCUCUUUGCCAGCAUUAAGGGGAUUCCCCCACCAAAGAUUAAAGAGGUAGCUAAGGAACAGUUAGACAAAGUCAGACUUACCGACGCAGCCAAGCUAAGAUCCAGGAGUUACAGCGGAGGAAUGAAGCGGCGGCUCAGCGUUGCAAUAGCCCUCAUCGGCGACCCAAAGCUUAUCAUUCUGGACGAACCAACUACCGGCAUGGACCCUAUAUCGAGAAGGCACGUAUGGGACACGAUACUGGAAGCUAAGCAACGCAGCGCGAUUAUUUUGACGACACAUUCAAUGGAAGAAGCAGAUGUUCUCAGUGACCGUAUUGGGAUCAUGGCUAAAGGUAGACUCCGUUGCAUCGGAACCUCCAUCAGGCUGAAAUCGAAGUUCGGCGCUGGUUUCAUUGCUAACCUCAGUUUCGUCGAAAAUGCUGACCACCGCCAAGAUGAAGUAGAAGAAAACGGCAAUGCAAUUCACCAGGAGGCCGUGAAGCAGUUCUUUAGACAUCAUUUGGCGCUGGCGCCAACAGAGGCGACCAAAUCCUUCAUGACCUUUGUCAUUCCUCGUGACAGAGAGACGCUUCUAACAAACCUGUUCGCCGAGCUGGAGGAGAGAAGAGCUGCGUUCGGAAUUGGAGACAUUCAGCUCGGCCUGUCGACCCUGCAAGAAGUAUUCCUGAGAAUUGCCAGGGAAGCUGAGCUGGAAACCGCCACUGCAGAGGGGCGGUUUCUAACCUUGAACCUGAACUCCGGAGCUUCGAUUCAGAUACCGGUGGGAGCCCGGUUCGUGGGGAUCCCAGCGACGGAGUCUAGUGAAAAUCCCAGAGGCGUCAUGGUUGAAGUUUACUGGGAGGCGGAUGAUGGUGGUUCACUCUGCAUUUCGGGUCACUCCGAAGAAAUGCCCAUCCCUCCCAAUGUGCAACCGACUGUUCAGGCAGGGGUGGCACCGGUGACAAAAAGAUGCUUCUUUGGUAAGAGUCAACCGGUUUAUGGGAUGGUAAUUGAUGCUAAUCAGAUCACACAACAAACUAGCUAGCUAACCAAUGUAUCAAUCUGAUCAUGCUGGUAGGUUAAAUUAACCGGUCUGAUUUGUUCUCGACGCAGCUUGCUUUACAUCAUCCAUAGUUGUUGCGAGUAGAUUACUUCAAAAUCAAAAAACCAUUCAAUGCUAUUUUUUCUUUUUAGUUAUUCAAGAA